AUGACGGACGGCAUCAGGAAACACGAGAAGAUUGAGUCAUUUGAAUUCGAAAAGACCUAUGACUCCGCCCUGAAAAAGCUGAAAAAGGAGCUCGAAGAGGAGGAAAAGAAGAAAAGACAGGUAAAACAAGGCCCAACUGCCUUUGCAGCUCCAGCAAGUGCUGCGUUACUUGAGAAAGACGGGCCGAAAAGAGGAAUAACGACGAGAGUUGUAACUUCGUUCAAGCAGCUUCGGGAGAUCUUGAUGGAAUGGACAACGCAUGCCAUUUGGAUCAUUGUGUAG